AUGGAAUUUGAGUGCCAAGAGAGAGUUCAAGUUGCGACUAUUGGCGAGAGUUUGUCCAAGCAAAGAGCUGAGUCUGAUCUUCUGAAUUCCGAGUUGAUAACAGGAAAUGGGUCUGUUGAGAUUCCCAUUGUGAAGCUGUGUUCUCAGCAAAAGAAGGGAACUUUGGCGGCCAGUGGCUCGAAACAGUUGCUCUCUGACAAGGAAUUGUCGACGACUUCUCAUCGUUGCUUCAUUAUUGAUUUGCCUCAGGCAUUGAUAUCUGAGAUUCUUAAUUGCCUUGACCCAAAAGAGUUAGGUCUAGUGUCUUGCGUUUCAACUAGUCUGCAUAGGUUAGCUUCAGAGCAUCAUGCUUGGAAGGGAUUCUACUGUGAGAGAUGGGGACUCCCCAUGGUUUCCGGGGUUAAAGGUUCCGGAUUUCUUGAUGAGAGAUCAUGGAAGGAGCUCUUUGUUGAGAGGGAAUUUAGGAGUAAGACCUUCUUAGGACGCUAUAGCAUUGAUACCCUUUAUGGUCACACUGAAGCAGUUCGCACUGUUUUUCUCUUAGCCUCUGCCAAGCUUAUCUUCACUUCUGGAUAUGAUUGCACUGUUCGAAUGUGGGACAUGGAAGAAGGCUUGUCUAUUGCUGCAUCUAAACCACUUGGUUGCACGAUUAGGGCUGUUGCGGCGGAUACGAAGCUGUUGGUAGCUGGAGGUACUGAUGGAUUUAUACAUUGCUGGAAAUCGUUGGAGGGUUUCCGGAACCUGUUUGACCUCACGGGAUUUCAGAAAGAGAAGACCGAGUUUCGGCUAUGGGAGCAUGAAGGUCCUAUUACGUCUCUUGCCCUUGACAUGGCAAAUAUCUAUAGCGGUUCAUGGGACAUGUCUGUUCGUAUAUGGGAUCGGUCUUCAAUGAAGUGUAUCAAAACGUUGAGGCAUAGUGAUUGGGUUUGGGGACUUGCACCUCAUGAAACCAGCAUUGCUUGUACGUCCGGUUCGGAUGUGUACAUUUGGGACAUUAGCAGUGAGACUCCAUUGGCAAUCAUCCAUGAUGUUCAUGAGGGUAACACUUACUCUCUUGCAAGAAGCCAUAGUGGGGAUUUCCUGUUUACCGGUGGAGAAGAUGGAGGAAUCAAAAUGUUUGAGAUCAGAAAAUUCGGCAGUGAGACGAGCGUUGUGCUCAUAUCUCAAUGGAUGCCUCACACUGGUCCUGUGUACUCUCUUUCUUUUGAGUUUCCCUGGCUUGUCUCGGCUUCUGGUGACGGUAAACUCGCACUUAUCGACGUCAGGAAGUUGUUGAAGACGAACCGUUCCAAAAGGGUUUCUUCGCGUAGUGUGGAACCGCCGCAAAGAAUGCUGCACGGGUUCGGGUCAAACUUGUUCUCUGUGAGCGUUGCUUGUGACCGUAUAGUUUGCGGAGGGGAAGAAGGCAUAGUUCGGAUAUGGAACUUCACGCAAGCGUUGGAGAUAGAGCGAAGGGCUCGAGCGCUUAAAGGAAUGAGGCUUGAGAACAGGAUGAGACGAAGGAGGAUGCAAAUGGAGAUGAAUGGAAAGAGUGGAAGGCCUGACCAAUGCUCCAUUGCUGCUCAUAAGAACCCCAUCAAUGGCGAUAGGAACCGAGCUUGGCAUACGAAACGAAGAGCAAGCGGGAAGGCCAAGGCAUAA